AUGUUUUCAUUAACAAACGGUUGUGGUUGCGUCAACUUUGGUAGUGGACGGCGAACGCGGUCUAUGGGCGACGACUCUUCGUCCUGCAGAAGCUCAGAAAUUGAACAAGAAGUUCCUAAAAAGUUGGGUAGGAGGGUCCUAAAUGGUGAAUGCACAAUGAAGGCCCUUGCACCUUUUCUAAGAUUUUGGAAGAGAGAUGAUGUCAGCAUGACCAAAGCAGAAAGAACGAUGAAGGCAGCCAUAUUAAUACAGCAGUGGUAUCGAAGGUAUUUAGCACGUAUGGAAGUUCGUAGACGAUACACAUGGACUAUAUUUCAGAGUAUUGAAUAUGCUGGCGAACAGGAUCAGGUUAAGUUGUACAACUUUUUUAACGCGUUGCUGAGUCACAUGCGGGAUACCACCGGUCGCCCGUCUUCUGAGCGGACAUCACGUACUGCCUCUGUGUUGGAACAAGUAUUUUCUGAGGAGUCUGACGAAGGCGGUGGCGUGGAUGAAACCGCGCCGCCGAAGUCCACGCGUGGACCUGAUAUUGAAUUUCCAAUGAAGAGGAAAGAUAUUGACUUGCUGAUUGAGGCAUUCCGAAAGAAAAAGCAUCGUUUACAUCCGAAGCACGUAGCGCAGAUCCUGAAAGAAGCCGCUCAAACAUUGAAAAGGUUGCCUAAUAUUAACGUGGCCACAACUUCUAUAUCCAGCCAGAUCACAAUCUGUGGUGAUUUGCACGGCAAACUGGACGACUUAUUGGUUAUCUUUCAUAAGAACGGGUUGCCGUCGGCGGAAAAUCCAUACAUAUUCAACGGAGACUUCGUGGAUAGGGGCAAGAAGAGUUUAGAAGUGUUGUUGCUGCUAUUGGCUUGUAUGCUAACAUUCCCAGGGGGAGUUUACCUUAAUCGUGGAAACCACGAAGACCUAAUAAUGAAUGCGAGAUAUGGCUUCAUACGAGAAGUUAAUCAAAAGUAUCGGCACAAUGCAGAGCGUCUGUUGAAACUGAUAGAAAACGUCUACCGCUGGUUACCACUAGGCACCAUCAUCAACAAUAGAGUUUUUGUGGUACAUGGCGGCAUUUCUGACACCACUGACUUGGACAUGGUGAAAAGUUUAGAAAGGGACAAGUACGCGUCGCUGCUGCGGCCGCCAGUAGCUGAAGGCUCGUCGGAAGCAAUCGAUAAGGUGGAGUGGAAACAGGUGUUCGACAUUCUGUGGUCGGAUCCUCAGAGCAUGGGCGGUUGUGUGGCGAACGCUCUCCGCGGCGCAGGCACUUACUUCGGUCCUGACGUCACCGCGAGCUUCCUGCACAAGAAUAAGCUGAGUUUCAUUGUUAGGAGCCACGAAUGUAAGCCGGGUGGUUAUGAGUUACUGCACGAUGGGAAUGUCAUCACCAUAUUUUCGGCGUCAAACUAUUAUGAACUGGGAUCGAAUAAAGGUGCUUACUUGAAGCUGUGCGGAAAUUCUCUUGAGCGUCAGUUCGUUCAGUAUACAGCCGCAGUUUCUCGAACGAGACGACUGACAUUCCGGCAGAGAGUUGGUCUAGUGGAAUCAUCAGCUAUGAGAGAGCUUCACAGUCACAUAGUGAUGGCUCGAAGGCAACUAGAAGCGACUUUCCGAAGUAUGGACACAGAUCAGAGCGGUUUUAUAUCGAUCAGCGAUUGGUGCACGGCCAUGGAACAAACAACACACUUGGGGUUACCCUGGCGAAUGCUGAAAGACAAGUUGGUUCGAACUGACCCCGACACGCGGCGCGUCAGAUACAUGGAUACGUUUGACUUGUCCGCUAAUAAGUUUGGUCGAAAGUCCGACACUCAAACUGUAGUUGAAACUCUUUAUAAGAACAAGCAAAGUUUGGAAGCCAUAUUCAAGAUUUUAGAUAAAGACAAUUCGGGAUAUAUAACUCUUGAAGAAUUCUCAGAAGCUUGUCAACUUAUCGGUAAGUACAUGCCGAAUCCUUUGACACAAGAACAAUUGGUUGAUAUUUGCCGGCUCAUGGACAUCAACAAGGACGGCCUGGUCGAUCUCAACGAGUUCCUAGAAAGCUUUCGUCUUGCUGAAAAGAGUUUGCACGAGGAGGAACAUCAACUGGCUGAACUGCAGGCCACCUGACAGGAGCUUGACCGCUAUCCGAGCAGGACAGCGGUCGAUAAAGAUGAAACUGGUGUCGAAAUCGAACUACUGAGAAUGGACGAUGACUUCAAAAAACCGACUGAUAAUAGAAGGGUUACUAUCGCCGGCCAAAGUAGCUCCACGGGAGCAGAGGAAAUAGCGUUAAUCGAACGCAUUGAUACCAGACGACCGGGCCUCUUGGAAAGCGACAUGUGAACGUGCACUGCCGAUUUAUGACAUUUUUAAUAACGCUUUAUUGUGCUAUGGAUUUUAAAAUCUAUCGGGGGCUUAUUGUGGCAUUCAUAUUAUAUUGAAUUUCGCUUGAAUAUAUUAUUCGUUGUGAGUACCGAUGUUUAAUGUACUCAUGGAAAAAUCAAUUAAAAUUUAGGAUUUAGUACAUUGUGAGUGCAUAAUAUAUAAAGCAUGUAACUUAGUAGAUUUUUAUUUGAGUACAUAAUGAGCCCUCAGUAGUGAAGGUUUAAAUUAUGUAGGUAGCUGCAUGCUGGUUAGAACAGUCUAAUAAUAAUCUAUUGCAUUUUAAAUCGAGCCUAAUUUUCUUCUUAUGACAUCGAGUUAUACCUUCCUAAUUAAAUGUAGGUUUGCAUUUUAAAAUAUUUGCUAUGAAUUAAGAAUAAAAAGUUUUACUAAAUUCUUAUUGUAAUUUAGCGAUAAAUUAUAAUUUGGUUUUGACUGCGAUCUUGUAUAAUAGAUCUAGGUACCUACCUACUAGUUAUGAUUAUAUUCACUGAUGAAGUAUUUCCACACUGAGAGUGUGACUACAUGAAGAUGCAGCAAAAUAUUAAAAUAUUAUAGACAUAACAGUCAAGUACUACUUAAAAUUUCGUAUCGUGUCGUAAUUUUCAUGCAUUUUAGUAAUGUCUAUUCUAACUUUCGUUUUGAUUUUAGGGAUAUUAAAAUAUCAGAACUGUACCACUGAUAAUACUAUGAACUGUACUAGAGAACCAUCUUCACAAUAUUUAAUGUUAACAAAAUUAAAAGUAGAUAACUACGUACGUAAAUACUUUAUUUCCAAUUGGUGCCAAGUUUACAGAAAGAAAAUUUUUGUUAAGAUAAACAUAAUUUAUCAAUGUUUUACAACAUUAUUAACAAAGGGAACAAAGAUAUUGUAUGAAAACCUUAAUACAUAUAUAUAUACAUUUAAUGCGAUAUUUUUGUACUUAAAUAAAUAAAAUAUAUUUAGAUACAAAUUCUGCAAUUUAUCUUAAAGAUCUCUAAAUUGUAUUUAUGAUGUAUUAAUCAAUUUCGUAAAAUUAACUACUUGGUAGAAUUAUCUCAGUUCUUUUUUAUUACUUAUAGAUUUAUAGAAAUAGUUACUAUACAAUUCGAAAUAAGGAUUAGCCAUUGAAAUGACGCUAUUGAUGCUAUAUCUAGUCGCAAACCUAGUCUUGAAAUUUUCGUACUUACAUAUCUUUAUACUUACUAGAGAUAAUCAUUCCAAUCUAUUUAAUAAAAUGUCAUUUUCCAAAUUACGAUUUAAACUAUAUUGAAACACUUUUUUAGAGAGAAGCAUUGUUAUAUCGCUCAGGAGGAAGAAGUAAUAUGUUGUAGAUUUGUAAUCUAUAUAUUCAGUAUAAUUACGACGCAUUUUUUACCACAAAUCCAUUAAGGCUAACUGUUUACCGAAACACCUGCCUGGUUAAAAAAAGCAAUACCAUGUUUGGUUUUAUUCAUACUACCUUCUAGGUAUAUUAUUGAUAAAUAUGGGGCUUAUAACAAUUCAUUCAGAAAUAAUUUUGUAUUAGUUCUAAUUUAUAAUAUAGAGAGAAUACACUAGAUGCAUUGAAUUCUAGCGAUAUAACAGUUUUAAUCUUUAUAUGUGCACUUUUUAAAACUAUUUACUGUAGGUUAAUGAAAAUAAGAGGAACAACGCAUGUACCACAUUAUAACUAUUUAAAAAUAUUUGCUAAUUUCAUCAUAUUAUGCGUAAAAUGUUUUCGUUCAUUAAAUUGUGAUACUGAUA